AUGGCAGCAUCAAAAGGAUCUACUAGCCAUCUGGAUAUUUUAACAACUAGUCAUGGUCAUCCUGUAGACUGCAAGACAGCAACACUGACAGCAGGUACUAAAGGACCAGUACUGUUGCAGGACUAUGUGUUCUUGGAUGAGAUGGCUCACUUUGAUAGAGAGAGGAUACCAGAGAGGGUAGUCCAUGCAAAGGGAGCUGGUGUGUUUGGUUAUUUUAAAGUGAGUCAUGACAUCACCAAUUAUUGUAAAGCUAAAGUGUUCAAUAAAGUUGGCAAGAGAGCUCCAAUUGCUGUUCAUUUCUCAACUGUGGGUGGUGAGUCAGGCAGUGCUGAUACAGUGAGGGAUCCAAGAGGAUUUGCUGUCAAGUUUUACACUGAGGAUGGUAAUUGGGAUCUUAUUGGUAAUAAUUCACCAUUAUUCUUUAUAAGGGACCCUAUACUAUUUCCUAGCUUUAUGCAUACUCAAAAGAGAAAUCCAUCUACACACCUUAAGUCUGAGGCCUGAGACCACCCACCAGGUAUCAUUCCUCUUCUCUGAUCGAGGCAUACCUGAUGGAUAUCGUCACAUGAAUGGAU